AUGGGCCGCUCCAUUUCAUCUUUUCAUCACCUUCUUUUGUCAUCUCUUGUUGUUUUCACUUUGUUGUUGAAUCAUGUUCAUGCAAACAAAAAGUGUUACAUUGUAUACUUGGGGGCACAUUCACAUGGUUCAACUCCUUCCACUGCUGACCUUGAAAUUGUUACAACUUCUCAUUAUGAUUUACUAGCUUCAAUCUUGGGAAGUGAGGAGAAUGCAAAAGAAGCUAUUAUUUAUUCAUAUAAUAAGCAGAUAAAUGGGUUUGCAGCUAUACUUGAAGAGGAAGAAGCUGCACAAAUUGCAAAAAAUGAAAACGUGGUAUCAGUGUUCUUGAGUAAAGAGCAUAAACUGCACACUACACGGUCAUGGGAAUUUCUUGGAUUGCGAGGAAAUGAUAUGAACUCAGCUUGGCAAAAAGGAAGGUUUGGUGAAAAUGCCAUCAUAGCUAACAUUGAUUCAGGUGUUUGGCCUGAAUCAAUGAGUUUUAGUGAUAGAGGAAUAGGCCCAAUUCCAGCAAAAUGGCGUGGUGGUAACAUAUGUCAAAUUAACAAACUCAAUGGUUCUACCAAAGUUCCAUGUAACAGGAAGCUAAUUGGAGCAAGAUAUUUCAACAACGCAUACGAAUCAGUCAGGGGAAAACUCCCUCGUUCGCAACAAACAGCGCGUGACUUUGUAGGCCACGGUACACACACAUUAUCAACAGCAGAUGCUACUAGUUGUUUUGGUGCCGAUGUAUUAGCUGCUAUUGAUCAAGCAAUUAAUGAUGGUGUUGAUUUGAUUUCGGUUUCUGCUGGUGAGAGUACUAGUACAAAUUCUGAAGAAAUUUUCACUGAUGUGGUUUCAAUAGGUGCAUUUCAUGCACUUGCUAGAAAUAUAUUAUUAGUUGCUUCUGGCGGGAAUGACGGACCUACGCCUGGAAGUGUUGUUAAUGUUGCUCCUUGGGUGUUCACUGUUGCUGCUAGUACAUUAGAUAGAGAUUUCAGCAGUUCUAUUACCAUUGGUAACAAAACAAUCACGGGAGCCAGUCUUUUUGUAGACUUGCCACCUAACAAGUCUUUCACCGUAGUAACUUCUACUGAUGCGAAAUUGCCAAAUGCGACGGAUCGAGAUGCGCAAUUUUGUAAAGCAGGAACACUUGAUCCUUCAAAAGUGAAGGGUAAAAUAGUGGCAUGUGUUAGAGAAGGGAAAAUAAAUUCAGUUGCUGAGGGUCAAGAAGCUUUAUCUGCGGGCGCAGCUGGAGUCAUUUUGAGAAAUCAACCGCUAGUUAAUGGAAGAACACUUCUUUCUGAGCCUCAUGUUUUGUCUACUGUCAGCUAUUAUUCCAAACAUCAAAUAACAAGACAACAUAGUGAAGACCUAAUUCCGUCGGAUAUAAAAUCAGGUACUAAAAUAAGAUUGUCAAAAGCAAAAACAAAAUAUGGAACAAAGCCAGCUCCAGUUAUGGCUUCUUACUCAUCUAGAGGACCAAAUAAAGUUCAACCAUCAAUACUCAAGCCUGAUGUAACUGCUCCGGGUGUGAACAUACUUGCUGCAUAUUCAUUAUUUGCAAGUGCAUCUAAUUUAAUAACAGACACUCGUCGAGGUUUUCCAUUCAAUGUGAUGCAAGGAACAUCUAUGUCUUGUCCUCAUGUUGCUGGCACUGCUGGAUUAAUCAAAACACUUCAUCCUAAUUGGUCUCCAGCAGCUAUUAAAUCAGCUAUCAUGACCACCGCAAGCACAAGAGAUAACACCAACAAGCCAAUCCGUGACGCAUUUGAUAAAACAUUGGCAAAUCCAUUUGCUUAUGGUUCAGGACACAUUCAACCCAACAGUGCAAUAGAUCCAGGACUUGUUUAUGACCUAAGCAUUAUUGAUUACUUAAACUUCUUAUGUGCUUCUGGAUACAACCAACAACUCAUUUCAUCACUUAAUUUCAACAUGACAUUUACUUGUUCAGGAUCACAUAGCAUAACAGACUUGAAUUACCCUUCAAUCACAUUACCAAAUCUUGGAUUAAAUGUUGUUAACAUCACACGGACAGUCACCAAUGUUGGACCUCCAAGUAUAUAUUUUGCAAAAGCUCAGUUGUCCGGAUAUAAAGUUUUUGUUGAACCGAAUUUCUUGAAAUUCAAGAGAAUCGGUGAAAAGAAGACAUUUAGAAUUUCUGUGCAAGCAACAAAGGUGACUCCACGGAGAAAAUAUCAAUUUGGGGAAUUGAAAUGGACAAAUGGAAGACACAUUGUAAGGAGUCCUAUUACUGUUCGACGUAAAUGA